GGCUCACAACAAAUGCAUGUAGCUUGCCACUCACAUCAACGUGUCAAUGACUCAAUAGCUACGUCUGUGAGUCCCUGCAUCACGCUUAGUUCCAAGCAUUUACUUCAUGUUCGAGUCACUCUGAGCUUGCAAGCUCUGGAGAUGACAUUGAAUGAACCGACUGCUAGGUGGAUUGUGCCUCUGAGCGAUGGCAAUCAUGUCGUUGAGUUUGAGCAUGGAACUGCUACGGGUAGAAGGGUUGUGAAGAUCGAUGGGAAGACACUGGUCAACAGGGAGUGGAUGUUUCGGCUCGUUGGGGAUGAGGUUGUCAUGUUCGGGGACACAAAGUUCGUUAUUCGAGUCGAUCCCAUACCAAGUCUCAGGUACUCGUACACUCUCUGGGUGAAUGGAAAGAGCUUCAAGAACUUUGUGCAGUCGCAGUCGAAGGUUCUCGAGUCUUGGGUGACGAAAAUUGGGGAGAAUAAGUACAGGAUUGUAUUAGAUAAAACUACACAGGCGGUAUGGGUCAAUGGCGAGCAAAUCGAUGUGGAGAACGAAUUCAUCGAUGGCGGAGCUGAAAUGCUGUUUCUCCUCGGAGGCUCGCCAGCGGUCAUUCGUUCCUGCAGUUCAGAACAAAAGGGCGCUGGGAUAAAGUACAUAUUGUACGUUGACGGCAUCGAAAUUACCGAACAAAACUUGCUGUCACCGACAGAAUAGAAAUAUUUACUGAUCACUCACAUGUGCCUUCAGUGCCUUAUUAUACGGUUGUUGAUUUAAAUGUGCCACUUAUUUAUUUUGUAUUCACUUGAACGACGAGGGCUGAUGAACGAUUGUAAUUAAUUUAGUGGAGGUGAAAAAUAAAAAAUAUAAGGAAA